AUGUCUGGCAUUGCUGAAUCCGCCAUCAAGGGAAGACCAACCCCUCAGGCUUUCUUUGAUAAACACCCCGCAGAACCACAUCUUAGUAACCUCGACCACUACAAGGAACUCUACAAAGAAUCCAUUGAAAACCCAAACAAGUUCUUUGGUAACCUCGCUCACGAACUCCUCUCUUGGGAUCACGACUUCACCACUGUCUCCUCAGGUGGCUUUGAACAUGGUGAUAUGGCUUGGUUCCUUGAGGGAAGACUCAAUGCUUCUUACAACUGUGUCGAUAGACAUGCCGCAAAGAACCCUGAUAAGGUCGCAAUCAUCUACGAAGCUGAUGACGCUAAAGAUUCCCGUAAAAUCACCUACGGAGAACUCAUGGCCGAAGUCUCCCGUGUCGCUGGUGUUCUCAAGUCCUUUGGUGUUACCAAGGGUGACUCAGUCGCUGUUUACCUUCCUAUGAUUCCAGAAGCUCUUAUUGCCCUUCUCGCAAUCUCCCGUAUCGGUGCCGUCCACUCCGUCAUCUUUGCCGGUUUCUCUUCGGGCUCCCUUAAGGACCGUGUCAAUGAUGCCAAGUCAAAAGUUAUCAUCACUACUGACGAAGGUAAGCGUGGUGGUAAAACCGUCUACACAAAGAAAAUCGUCGAUGAAGGUCUUAAGGAUGCUCCCUCUGUCGAAAAGGUCCUUGUCUACCAGAGAACUGGCAACCAGGUCCCCUGGACUGAAGGCCGUGACUUUUGGUGGCACGAAGAGGUCGACAAACACAGACCUUACCUCGCUCCUGUCCCUGUCUCUUCUGAAGACCCCCUCUUCCUUCUCUACACCUCUGGCUCUACUGGCUCUCCUAAGGGUGUUGUCCAUGUUACUGGUGGCUACCUUCUCGGUGCUGCUGCUACAUGCAAGUACGUCUUUGAUAUCCACCCUGACGAUAUUCUCUUCACUGCUGGUGAUGUUGGUUGGAUCACUGGCCAUACUUAUGCCUUUUACGGUCCCCUUCUCCUUGGUGCCACCACCAUCAUCUUUGAAGGUACCCCUGCCUACCCUGAUUACUCUAGAUACUGGGAGAUUGUUGAGAAGUACAAGGCUACCCAAUUCUACGUCGCCCCCACUGCUCUGCGUCUGCUGAAGCGUGCUGGUGAGGAGUUUGUUAAGAAGCACGAUCUUUCCUCUCUCCGUACUCUUGGCUCUGUCGGUGAGCCCAUUGCUGCCGAAAUCUGGGAGUGGUACAAUGAGCACGUUGGUAACAAUGACUGCCACAUCACUGACACUUACUGGCAAACUGAGACUGGUUCCCACAUCAUUGCCCCCCUUGCUGGUGUCACUCCUAUGAAGCCUGGUUCUGCCACUCUCCCCUUCUUUGGCAUUGACCUUGUUCUUAUCGACCCUGUUUCUGGUGAGGAAAUCAAGGGUAAUGACGUCGAGGGUGUUUUGGCUAUUCGCAAGCCUUGGCCUUCUAUUGCCAGAACUGUUUAUGGUUCCCACAAGAGAUACCUUGAGACUUACCUUAAGCCAUACCCUGGCUACUACUUCACAGGUGAUGGUGCUGCCCGUGAUAAGGAAGGUUACUACUGGAUCCGUGGCCGUGUUGAUGAUGUUGUCAAUGUUUCUGGCCAUCGUCUUUCUACUGCCGAGAUUGAGGCUGCUCUGAUUCAGCACUCUGCUGUUGGUGAGGCUGCCGUUGUUGGUGUUGCUGAUGAGCUUACUGGCCAGGCUGUUAUUGCCUUUGUUUCUCUCAAGUCUGGUACUCCUGCUUCUGAUGAGCUCCGUAAGGAACUUAUUCUUCAAGUUCGUCGUGAAAUUGGACCUUUCUCUGCUCCUAAGGCUGUCCUUAUUGUUGAGGAUCUGCCCAAGACUCGUUCAGGUAAGAUUAUGCGCCGCAUUCUGCGCAAGAUUGUUUCUGGCGAGGCUGACUCUAUUGGUGAUACUUCUACUCUGAGUGAGCCCCACGUUGUUGAUGAGAUUAUUGCAUCUGUUGACAAGCAGUUUAAGAUUCCCAAAUAA